AUGCUUCACGAAAAUGAACUCUCCGGUGAAAUACCAAGCCAGAUAGGCAACAUGAGUAGUCUUGUCACCCUCAACUUGUCAACCAAUCACUUGGUUGGUUAUAUCCCUUGUCAAAUAGGACACAUCAAGCACUUAGUUGCAUUAGAUUUAUCCAGUAAUAAUCUUUUUGGCAAAAUACCAAGCAGCAUAGGUGGUUUGACCGAACUCACUAGCUUGUACCUUUACUGUAACAAACUUUCUGGACAAAUUCCACGAGAACUAGGUUACCUUUCAAAUUUACUGUACCUGAGUCUUAGUGAAAACAUACUCUCGGGUUCCAUCCCAAAUAGCAUAGGAAAUUUGACCAAGCUCACAACCUUGUCCCUUAGCAACAACCAACUUUCUGGGUUAAUUCCACAAGAAUUAGAUUUCCUUACGAACUUAGAGUACCUGGAUCUUAGUGAAAACAUAUUCUCGGGUUCCAUCCCAAAUUGCAUAGAAAAUUUGACCAAACUCACAAUCUUGUACCUUUACAGCAACCAACUUUCUGGGCACAUCCCUCGAGAACUAGGUCUCCUUGUGAACUUAGAGGAUUUGGAGCUUAGCGACAACACACUAACUGGUUCCAUCCCAAAUAGCAUAGGAAAUUUGAUAAAACUCACUAUCUUAAAUCUUUUCAUGAACGAAAUUUCUGGACACAUCCCUCGAGAACUAGGUUACCUUGAGAAGUUAGAGCAGUUGUAUCUUGGCACUAACACCCUAAUUGGUUCCAUCCCAAAUAGCAUAGGAAAUUUGACAAAACUCACUAUCAUGUACCUUGAGAGCAACCAACUUUCUAGACACAUCCCUCGAGAACUAGGUCGCCUUGAGAACUUAGGAGUUGGCUCUUAG